AUGGCUUUGGACCAGAUGAACAAGAAACGGCACGUGAUUAAGCUCAAAACCGAGCAAGAAGUAGCCGUGAAUCUAGCUUCAUACAUUGCUGACCUCUCGGACAAAAUCAUAAGACAGAAGGGCUAUAUAACUGUAGUUCUCUCGGGAGGCACACUUAUACACACAAUGAGGGAGCUGGUGAAGACUUACAAGGGGUGUGUGAAUUGGUCCAAAUGGCUUGUGUUUUGGGUGGAUGAGAGGGUUUAUCCACUUGAUAGCUCUUGGAGCAACUACAAAUUGGCAUUGGAUGGAUUUCUUUCUAAGGUCCCAAUCCCAGCCGAGAACAUCUACCCGAUCAAUUACACGCCCGACCCGGAUGCCGUGGCCGUCGACUACGAGUCGUGCCUGAAGAACCUCGUCAAGGAAAGAACCCUUCCCCAAGCCCCGGGCGGCUUCCCGAUCUUCGACCUAAUGCUUCUCGGAAUCGGGCCCGAUGGCCACAUUGCCUCGCUUUUCCCGGGCCACCCGCAAAGGUAUGAAAAGAAACGUUGGGUCACAUUCAUAACCGACUCUCCCAAGCCUCCGCCGCCAAGGAUCACGUUCACUUUCCCGGUUAUCAACGCCGCCACUUACAUUGCCAUGGUGGUUACCGGCGGGGAACUUGCGGAUGCUGUUAGGGAGACGCUAGGCCCGUUUGUGGGCCCAAUGCCUUCGAUCCCGUGCAAGGAGCUGCAGUUUGAGGCCUCGGCCGACAUGACGUGGUUCCUUGAUGGGCCCGCGGCCUCGAAGCUACCGAGUGAUUAA